AAAGAUUUGUGAAAGAAUAUUCUUCCGCAUCUAAAUCCCUCAUCUGUUCCUCUUUCAAUUUCUAAGGCCACGUUCGUUGGAUUUGGAUUUCGCCCCAUUUUCAGAUCUUUGUCAUCUUCAUUUUCAUCCUCCGCCGAUUACCGCUUUUCGUUUGCUCAGCCAGCUCAAAUCAGCCUUCGAUCAAGAGUUGAAUCCCAUCGACAAACCUCAAGAACCACUCUGUUUCCAAAUUUCCGUCCCCAGUCAUGGCGUCCACUGAUGUUCUCAAGCGAGUAGAGAAUCGUCUCACGUUUUCCCCUCUCCUCGAUCCCAUCAAAGGUGAUGCGGAUUCUCGUGGCAUGUCGAUCGAGAAGAAGAUAGAAUUUUUGGAGAGCUUGGCUGGGAAGGUUACUAAUAGGAAGUCUCGCCGAUGGUUAAAUGAUCGUCUUCUAAUGGAGCUUGUUCCUCGUUUGAAUGCUGAAGAAGUUAGAGGCUUGUUUGCUCCACCACCUUGGGGUGAUGAUGUACGGCCCACAACAUUCUCCAUGACUAAUGCAGAAGACUGGGACAAGUUCAGGAGUAUAGACAUGGAUAAAGAGGCUAAGAUCAUCGGAGUCUUGGAGAACUCAUCUGCUAAGAGAAAAGGUCAUAUUGAUGCUGACAAAAUGGCUUUCUUGAAUGCCUGGCGCAGAAUUGAAUGUCGAACUAGAGAGGCACUUCGCCGAAGUUUUCUUCCAGAACUUGUUGAGGGUUUUGAGGGGUGCAUAAGAUCAUUCAUUUCAGACACUAGUAAAGAUGUUCUGACGUUGCGAGUUCAAGAUCCAUUCCACAGAUUACUGCUUCAUGGAGUUUGUGAGGUGGAUGCGUUCACCGACUCCGCCUUCAAGGGAAAUCCGGCGGCCGUUUGUCUAUUAGAGGAAGAAAGAGGGGAGAAAUGGCUGCAGGCUUUGGCCGCCGAGUUCAACAUCUCCGAGACGUGUUUUUUGAUUCGCAUUAACGAGGAAGAAGAAACCGAUGGAAACUUGUCGCCCAAGUUUCGCCUCCGGUGGUUCACUCCUNNNNUCCAGGUUGACCUUUGUGGUCAUGCAACAUUGGCGGCUGCACACACCCUCUUCUCAUCUGGUUUAGUGAAUUCAAAUAUUAUUGAGUUUUCCACACUUUCAGGAAUUCUAACUGCUAAGAAGGUUCCAGAUGUGCAUAACGGUGAAGCACAAGAGAGUUACUUGAUUGAAUUGGAUUUCCCAGCUAUCUCAUCGGCUGAAGUCAAUUCUGCUGACGUUUCUUCAAUCUCCAAAGCGUUGAAUGUUGCUUCUAUACUUGACAUAAAGAUAACUACCACAGAUAAUCCCAAGAAUUUCUUGGUUGUUCUUCCAUCAGGAAAAGACGUAGUAGAUUAUCAACCUAACAUUGAUGAGCUACUAAAGUGUCCCGGAAAUGGGGGGGUAAUCAUAACUGGAGUUCCCCCUGCUGAGUCUGAAUUCGAUUUUUACAGUCGAUUCUUCUGCCCCAAAUUUGGGAUCGACGAGGAUCCUGUGUGUGGUAGUGCACACUGUGCCUUGGCUGUCUACUGGGCCAAAAAGUUGGGGAAGUCUGAUUUUGUUGCUUAUGCGGCAUCACCUAGAAGUGGAAUAUUGAACAUCCAUCUGGACGAGCAGAAACAGAGGGUUCUAUUGCGAGGGAAAGCUGUUACUACAAUGGAAGGGGUAAUUUUAGUUUAGACUCUCGAAUCAAUCAAAUCAAUUUAAGUCGUAUCUCCCUUUAGCAUAAUCCAAAAAUGGCAAUGAUUAGGUGGACAACUCCCAAGAAAUAGAAACUUUGAAUGAACUGUACCAUAAUAUUGUGCUAUAAUAUGGCCUUUAUGAAGGUAAAUGCUCUAUUUGAACACCUUUGUUUCAGCUUGUAUAUGAAUCCUGGAUCCUUUUAAUUGAUGCUACUUGAAUUUGGCAUGCUGUUGAUUUGGCAUGCUUAUCGAGUAAACAUUAGUUGAUUUUGUAAGAUAAAUAAAGUUACACGAAUGACGUACUAUUAUACUAAGCUAGAA